CCUCAACUCUCUCUAACCUGGUCUUUCUAUAUAACGGAUGUUGCGAAAAUUUCCAUUUACAAUCGAACAACUCAUUGAAUGUUAAACAUCCAAGAAAACAACUCAUUUCAGGUUCGAAUCAGUUAAUAAACACCAGAGAUUUCCUUUCGCGAAAAUGAUCACGAGAGAGAUACACAACGAUGAUGAGCCACUUCUGAAGUUAAAUUCUGAAGAUGAGGAAACUGCAGAUAUUGUACUAGGAUAUGGGCAUGCGGAUUGUAAAAUUCUCAGCGCGUGGAUGAUGCCAUUGGAGGAAACCCCAUUGAACGUGUUAGUGGAGAUCGAGGGGAUGAGCGCCUACAAAGAUCGCAGAUUAAACGUCGACUUGGUGAUUAUCUUAGAUAUCAGCGGUAGCAUGAGUGGAUACAAGUUAGCAAAGAUGAAACUUGCCAUGCAAUUCUUGCUCCAUAAACUUAGUCGAUAUGAUCGUUUAUCCGUAGUCACUUUCAACAGGAAGGCCAACAAGUUGUGUCCAUUGCGCCACAUAACUGAAAAUUCUCGAAAAGAGAUUGCAAAUCAGGUCAAUGCUUUAGUAGCUGGGUCUAUCACAAAUAUCGAAUCCGGCCUUAAAAUGGCCUUAAAUAUACUCAAUGACCGGAGGGUUACCGAGAACCGUGAUGUUGCCAUCGUGCUUAUGUCCAAUGGCAGAGAAGAUGAUGAAAGUCGGUCCGACCAUCUCUUGGUGGCCGAGGUACCCGUAUACACGUUUGGUUUUGGUAGUGACUGCGAACCAAAGGUGCUCAAUGCUAUCGCCAAAAAAAGCAAAGGAGGAAUAUUUACAGCUUUUGCAGAUGAGGAUAUUAAUUUGAGUCUGAUAUUCUCUCGGUUUUUGGCUAUGCUUCUUAACGUGUCUGUGUGUGCAUAUCUCACCAUCAAACACGUGUAUAUAGGAAGAUACGUGGAAAGCAUGCAAGCCAACACAUCAAAACAUGAUGUACCGUGGAUCACCAAAUAACUCUCGAAGAGUUACUUUAUCCCAUCCCCAAAAGGAGCUAAGAUCAACGGUGAAGAGAAAGUUAGCUGACACGGAUAUGACAGGGGCAGAAGACACUUGUCUGACACGAGCAGGCGCCUCAACU